UCUCUGAAAAUACCCACGGGCUACAAGUCUUAUAAGAUGAAAAUCAGUCGUUUACUUUCAUUCUUAACGUGAUGAAGACAAUGGAAGGAAAUAACAAAAUACUUUUUAUAUUGAUAUUAUCAAUUAUUUUUAACGUUAAAUGGAUAUCUACUCAAGGAUUCAAUGAAGCUGGAUACGAUCUUCAUAAAGGACCAGUUUUCUACGAAGCCUAUUAUUAUCCAGAAAAGCAGAAUUUCCAUAAAAGACGAAGCAUCGUGGAAGGAGAAAGAGAUGAAAAUGCAUCGGAAAAAUUUUCACAAAUUUCAAAUACACCAAAUAUCAUGAUUUCAAUUGAUGGCAAUGAAGUGAUUAUAAUUGGUGAUAAAAUGACGCGAAUGCCAUUAAAUUUACUAGGAGUACGAAAUGGUUUCAAUACAAAUUGGAUUCAACAACAACAAAUGUUAUUACAAAAUAAUAUCAAAAGAAAUAAUGAUAAUCAAUUAAAACAAACUAAAAACAAUAUGGAAAAUAAUAAAAUGAAUCAAGAAACAUUGAAAAAUAAUCGUGACAAAUUUUUGCUCACAUCACGUUUUCAAAGAACUGCAUAUCCAUCAUAUAGAAUGAAAAAUGUCGAUUCAAAUUUUGCACCAUCACAAAAUAAAUUACCUCUCAAUGUAAAUUUUAAUCAAGAAAAUUCAAUUCCAAAUCAAUAUCCAACAAAUAAUAAUAAUAAUAAUAAUUUUAGAACUGAAAAUUUCGAUUUUAAUAAUCGUAAAAAUCAAAAUAACAACUUUGACAAUAGUAAAAUUUCAAAUAUUGAUUUUUAUAAUCGAGAAUAUGAAAAUUUACCAAAUAAAAAUCAAAGGAUAGAAAAUUUUGAAUCAUCAAGGAAUUUUAGAGAUUUUCCUAAAUCUCUAGACGAAAAUAUUUUUGAGCCUCGACCACAAAUAAUUCAAUAUCUGUUUUCAGCGCCAAGGGAAAAUGUGUUUGAAGCAAAGAAAAGUAAUUUCAUUAAUGACGAUGCUCAAAUAGAUAGUGUUGUUAUUAAAGAACCUGGAAUUGCAUCAAUCGAAGUGAGUGAAGAACCUCGACACAAAAUUCGACACCAUCACGGAGAGAGAUUGAGGCGCAAUUACUCUCGACAAUAAUUUCUCUGCAAAGAGACAAAAAAUAAAAAAAAAAAAAACGAAGAGAAAAAGAGAGAGAGAGAGAGUGGGAUUUUUCCAAUAUACAAUACUUUCACAAUAAAGCUGAUAAGCUACAGGUCACUUUUUUCCGAUACAAAA